AUGUCCCUUGAUUUGUCAUUACGAGAUAGACAGAUCUCUGUCUUGCAGAAGAUGCUUCAUUUGAAUAAAGAAGGAUCGGCUGAUUUAACAUUGGCUUCCAAAUCGGAAGAAAUAAUCUGGAAAGUGUUGGUUUUAGAUACAAAAUCAAGAGCCAUUUUAUCAUCUGUAUUAAGAGUCAAUGAUUUAUUAAAAUGUGGGAUAACUGUUCAUGCAUUGAUCACUUCUAAUAGAGCAAGUUUACCUGAUGUUCCAGUUAUUUACUUUAUUGAACCAACUAUUGAGAAUAUUUUAGUGGUUAUUGAUGAUUUAAAUCAAGAUAAAUAUGAUAGUUUCUAUAUUAAUUUUACAUCACUGAUAAACCGUGAAUUAUUGGAGGAAUUUGCCAAAAAGGUAUCAAUUUCUGGAAAAUCACAAAAGAUUAAACAAGUUUUUGAUCAAUAUUUAGACUAUAUUGUCACUGAACCCAACUUGUUUUCAUUGAAUUUACCACAAAUUUUCACUCAAUUCAACAGCUCCAAUACUUCAGAAGAUAAGAUCCAUGGUCUUGUUGAUGUUAUUGCAAAUGGAUUGUUAUCAACAAUUAUUUCAAUGGAUAUUGUUCCAGUUAUACGAGCACAACAAAAUGGUCCAGCAGAAUUUGUUGCUCAACAAUUGGACUUGAAGUUAAGAGAAUAUCUCAGCAAUACAAGAGGAAGUACCACCGCCACAUCGUCGAUUCAACAACGUCCAGUUUUGAUCUUGUUGGAUAGAAACUUUGAUUUGACAUCAAUGUUUUCUCAUUCCUGGAUUUAUCAAUGUAUGGUAAGUGAUGUUUUCCAAUUGCAAAGAAAUACCAUCAAACUUGUCAAAUACGAUGGUGAACAAAGUACAAUCAAGAAUUAUGAUGUUGAUCCUAAAGAUUUCUUUUGGAACAAAUACUCUCAAUUACCAUUCCCAGAUGUAGUUGAAAAUGCCGAUGCUGAAUUGAAUGCUUACAAGAAUGAUGCUAAAGAAGUCACCAACAAGACUGGUAUUAGUUCAUUGGAUGAUAUUGAUCCAAAUGCUAAUGCUACUGCAAACAUCCAACAAGCAGUAGAAAAAUUACCUGAAUUGACAGCAAGAAAGGCCACUUUGGAUAUGCAUAUGGAUAUUUUGUCAUCGUUGAUCAAUGAAUUACAAGCCAAGAACUUGGAUAAAUAUUUUGAAAUUGAACAAAAUGCCAUGGAUCCAAAGGUUUUGAAUGAAUUUUUGGAAUUGUUGGUUGUUGAAUCGGAGAGAGACAAUUCAGAAGAUAAAUUAAGAACUUUUGUUAUAUUAACAUUAUUGGUAGAUUUGACUCCAGAAUAUAUCUCCAAGGUUAAAUCAAUCUUCCAACUGAAAUAUCCCCAAGUUGAUUUGUCUAGUUUUGAUUAUAUCGUAAAAUUCAAAGAAAACUCCAAGUUAGCCAAUUUGUCUUCAUUAAAUGGUACUAGUAAUAAUUUUACCAACCAAGCCUCACAAAUGAAUUCUACUGCCUUGUUGAGUGGUUUAUCUUCUAAACUUUAUGGAUUAACAGAAGGUAAAAUCUCAGAAGGUUUGACUUCAAUUGCGACAAAAAUCAAGAACUUCAUUCCAGAAAAGAAAUUGUUACCUAUAACAACCAUUGUUGAAGCUAUAAUGGAUCCAACUAAUGCAUCACAACAAAGUGUACAAUUAACAGAUGAAUAUUUGUUUCUUGAUCCCAAGUCUAGAGGUGGCCAUUCUAAACCACCAAAGAGACAAUCAUACCAAGAAUCAUUGGUGUUUAUUGUAGGUGGUGGUAAUUAUUUGGAAUACCAAAACUUGGAACAAUGGGCUAGUGAUCCAAAUAAAGUUGCCAAAAAAGUCAUAUAUGGAAGUACUGACAUUAUUUCGGCAACUGACUUUUUACAAGAAUGUAGUAUUUUAGGUAAAUGA